UUGAUAAUGAUUAUUGUAAUGUAUGUGGUUGUCAUUAUACACGACAUGCAAACUCGAAAUAUAGAUUUGAUUAUGUAAUUGAGAAAGAACAACAAACAGCACAAGAAGUACUUGAGAGAUAUAAUGAAGGUAAAAAAGGAAUGGCUAGUGCAGAAAGUAUGUUAAAAAAGUUAGAAGAAGAUUAUUACAAAAUUCAGAUGGAAUGUUAUGAUAAAGAAGUAGAAAUUGUAGAAUGUAUUAACACAUUAUCUGCAAUAGCAUUAAAUGAUAAAAUUACAGGGUCAAAUGAAUAUUUAGACAUAAUGAUUCAAUCAGAAAAUGAUGAAAAGAAAACGGGGUAUAAAGUACGAAUUGAAGGAUAUAAACAACUUAAACAAGCAAAUGAUAUAAUAGAAGGUAUUAUGAAAAAAUCAACAACAAAAAAGAGUAAGGAUGAGAUUAAGGCUGAGCUUAAAAGAAGAAAGACAGAUUUAGUUAAUGGACAAAAAAUAACAUUAGAUAAAAAUUGUGAAGGUUGUGUUAUUUGCUAA